AUGUUUAAAUAGUUGCCUUAUGGUUUCGUAGUUAUGACAGUUUGAUUAUCCAUUCAAUUGGGGUGGAAUAACACUAUACACUCAAUAAGUCUAGGCCUGGCGCACAUAUUGGACCGCCAGUGUCAUACCACUUUUCUCUCGUGGUCCUGAGGUGCAAAAGAUUCGUAACACACUGUUGAGUCUGGAUAGAUAUCAUAUAUUUAAGGUUAAGUGAUGCUAUAUUUGUUGUUGUAUGAAGAAUAUGAAGAGAAUACGGUGGGAUGGGUAAGACUUCCCGUUUCAACGUUUCCAAGUAUGUCUUGACCAUUUUCACAACAUGGGGUCGAGCAGUGUUAUGCUGUAAAAUCACUUCAUCAUGUCUCUCGUUGUAUUGCGGCCGUUUGUCUUUCAAUGCUCGGCUCAAACGCAUUGAUUGCGUUCGAUAACGGCUUCCUGUGAUUGCUUCAGUUGAUUUUAACAACUCAUAAUACUUAACGCCGAGCUGGUCCCACCAAAUACUGAGCUUGAUUAUUCGGUUUGGCCGUCGAUAUACCGUCGGGAUAUACCCAUGAUUUUCUGCGCUUGGAUUACCGUAAUGAGCCCAUUUCUCGACUCCAGUCACAAUGUAGAAAUCCCCUCCGUUUUUGCCUGGCAAGCAGAUGUUCACAAUCAAACAAACGCCAUUCAACAUAUCUCGGCUUCAACUCGUACGGCACCCGAUUUCCUUGUUUCUGAAUCAUUCCCAUGACUUUCAGGCGUUUUGAAAUGGCUUGUUGCGUCAUUCCCAAUGAUCUUGCCAAUUAUUGUUGCGUUUAACACGAGUAUUGAUCAAGUAAUGCCUCCACUGAAGAAGUGAUGGUAUAGGUUGAAGCCUAUUUCGAAAGGAAAUACUAAUCUUUUCACAGAAAAUGUAUGAAGAAUUACAGGAGCAUUGUAGGUUGAGUAUUAAAGUUGAAUUUAUGCACAAUAGAUCUUUAGGUCAAGGUGCAUGCGGGUCGGUUUAUAUCUCGCCCCUCCUCUAAUCUAAAGUGGAAUUUCUAAGAAAAAUGCAAUUUUACUGGUUGGGCCCGGAAGUUAUUGAGUGUAUUGUUAAUUAACCUUUCUAUCCACCGUUAUCCAUUAACCGUUGUUUUCGUAUUGUCCUAGAAGCGCGUAAAAAUUGUACAGAUGUGUCAUUAGCGUAUUUCCGGGAUCCAACGUAAAAAUAGCCUACUUAAUUCGCCACUAUCAACGGAAAAGCGACAACACCGAUUGAUCUCCUCUUCCGGCUAGCAGUGGUCCAACCUCAGAGAGAGGAAAACAGAACGUCAACAUCAAUUGGAAGCAGCUGCGGUGCUGCAGGAAUGCCAAAAUAUCACCGAAUUAAUUCUACCUACAUCGUAUAAUUGGAGGAGUUAGUCACAGAUGAUUGUCCAUUGACUUGACACGGUAUUAGAUCACACGGCACACGAGCGCAGUCCAGCAUCAAUUAAAAUCUUCGAGAGCUCGACAGAUCAGUCGGUGUACCGUUACUUAUUAUGUGAAGUUUGCCGGGUCGGUUCGUUUCAGGUUCGAAGAGAUGUCGUUUGGAGAAAUGGGCAGAUUGGAGGUGUUUUGGGAGAGCAGGAGCGAUUUGGAGAAGAGACUGCUGCUGUUCGUUCUGGUCCUGAGUUUGGUGCUGCUGGUGAUAAUUCUCUAUGCGAUAUUCGCCAGUGGAGAUGACACUUGUCUCACGAUGGAUUGCGUUAGUGCUUCUACUCAUGUUUUGGACUACGUAGACUUCUCUGUAAGACCAUGUGACGACUUCUACGGCUUCGUGUGUGGCUCCUUUCUCAAAAAAGCCGUAGAAUACAACAAAACACCAGUUAUUAAAUACCUGGAAGACCGGACGAAAGGGCAGAUAGAAUCUCUGAUCACGACUACCGUCAAUGAUACGUCAACUCACUCCCUACAACUCCAGAGGAGGUUUUACAAAAGCUGCAUGAACACUUCAGCUAUUGAGAAUGACGAAAACGAUAAAUUUUUGACACUCAUAGAUUCGAUUGGUGGAUGGCCAGUGAUCAAGAAUAAUUUCUGGGAAGAGAACAACUUUGACUGGAAGCAGACGAUGAUAAGGUCGAGGAAAUUGGGACUCAGUUUUCAGAAACUUAUUGGGUUGUCUAUUACUUAUACUGAUGAGAAUACAACGAUUUUAGAGAUAACUCCUCCUGAUGAUGUCAAUUACAUAUCGCACGAAACAAUGGAUCCCUACGUAGAGCUGAUCCACGAUAUUGCCAUCUUCUUACACGCACCAACAUUCGGAAUCAGACCGGAAGUCAGGAAUAUACCUCAGUUCCAAAAUCAACUCCACAGAAUCAUAGAACUAGCUCGAAAUUCCUCAGCUCCAUCGAAAAAUAUGACGCUGAAGGCAUUUCAGGACAAGUACCCUAGAAUAUCCUGGUUGCAAUUCCUCAACGCUGUGUUGUCAGAUGCUCUGGUCCUGAAAGAAACCGAUUUGAUCUCCAUAAGGUCAGAGCGAUAUCUGAUAGAUCUUGAGAUUCUUCUGUUGAACACUAAGAAGAGGAUAUUGGGAAAUUAUAUAAUUUGGAAAAUGAUAGAAAAAUUCAUACCAUUUUUAACUCAUAAUAUCCGAAGCAGAUACGAAAAAUUCAAGACGCAGUAUCCUGAUAAAAAAGUUAACAGACAUCAAAGGAAAGAUGAAUGCGUGAAGUUGGCUAAAGAGAUUUUCUCCAAUGUUGCCGAAAUUGAAUACGUGAGGAGAUACACAGAUCCCGAUGUGAGAAGGGAGCUCAAAAAUAUUUUCGAGAAGGUUAAGAGGUCGCUGAUUAGAAGGCUCAAAACUUCUUCGCGUUUGGAAAUUAAGUUAGAAGAGGACAUAGAGGCGGAAAUGAGGAAUAUUGGGAUCGAUGUCGGUGGUCCUGACUUGGUUUUUGAUGCGGAAAAGGCUGAAGAAGAAUUGGGAUAUAAUGACCUGCGUUUUAAGGAUGAUGAUCUAGUCAAUAUAGUGACGAAGACCUCAAUCAAUAGGGUUAGUCAUUUUUUCGGUAAAAUAGGAAAAGACAAGGUACCUUUGGAACCGUACACAAACGUCAAUGCUCUCUAUAAUGGAUUCAGCAAUAAUCUUGUGCUAUCUUCUGCAUUGUUACAUGAUGUUUUCUAUGACAAAAAUCGUCCGAAUUACAUGAACUAUGGAUCUCUGGUGUCGACUAUAGGUCACGAGUUCGCCCAUAGUAUGGAGAAACUGGGAAAUACGACAGAAGAAAAGAGGGGUAGAUUUCACUUCAUCUACAACGAUGCUUUUUCAAAGGCAUUCGGAAAUUCUUCUCAAUGUUUCGAAGAGGAAUAUAAAUAUUUUCACAACAAGACAUUCGGAGAGAUCCCUCAGAACGUCAAUUCAACUCUAGAGGAAAACAUAGCCGACUUUGUCGGAACAGACAUAGCCUACGACCUCUAUCAAGACUACGUGCACGAGAAUGGCGUUGAAACAAGACUGCCCGGUGUAGAUAUGACCCCCAACCAAAUUUUCUGGGUAAUGACGGGUACUUUCCUCUGCAAAAAACCACUGUUAGAAACAGAGUUGUUCUUCCACGCCAACAGCGAGUAUAGGAUAAAUUAUAGGUUGAGAAACUUGCCACAGUUCGCUAAGGAUUUCCAUUGUCCUGCAGGAUCCUUCAUGAAUCCGGAAGUGAAAUGUGUGUUGUACUGAUAGAUUAGUUAUUAUUAUUUAAUUAUUUAAUAAAAGAAUGAACUGAA